UCUUAGCCUAUUUGUUCCAUUAUUUUGUAUCGGGUUUUAAAAUUGUUUUAUUUCGUAAAAAGAAGUUUUAUUAAAUCCUCCGGAAUACAGAACAGCUUUUAAAAAUGAACUCCAGCAUAUUAAAAACGUUUUGGCGGAUAUGUAAUUUAAAAACUGUGCAAAAACUAUCACAAACAACCGGUAAAAGUUAUGCAAUGCAAUCUACUAAAAUGCGGUAUUUUCCAUUAAUACAAGAGAUUCAAAGGAAUUACUCUGCUAAGACGCUUGCUUAUGAAAAAUCACCUUUAUUCGAUCAGGUACUAGGAAAGCUCCAAUCAGAUUUCACACAAUUGGGAUACAUGAAUCCCUUCAACUUCAAAAAGUUACUAGAAUCUUUGGAGACCGGCGGAUCUCUCACCACCGAGCAGAGUAUAUUUCUACUGGAGUCAUGCAGUCCCGAUUUGAUGCCUUCCCAAACUCCCGAAAAUCGAAUAGAACUAUUCCAGAAACUAUGGGAAUUUCUUGAAAAAAGCAAUGACCUCAAGACAGAGCAUUACAUGUCUUACUUAAAAGUCUACGCAGAGAAUGGUGUUGACAUCGAAGAUUUCAACAAGUUUCUGGAGGAAAAUCAUCUCGUAGAUAACCCCCAAAUAUACGAAAAACUCAUACAAUUCGCAUGUGAACUUGGUGACAUCAGGCGUGCGACUGAAAUCUUGGCUGAGAUGAAAGCUAAAAGCUUUGCUAUCACUGAAAAUGUAUUCAAUGCUCUAAUUAUGGGUCAUUCCCAGAACAAAGACUUACAAAGUGCAUUGAUUGUUUUGGAAACCAUGAAAGCCGCUAGAGUAGAACCCAGUUCCGCAACAUUUACCCAGUUGAUUAAAGCAUUCAUCAAAAACAAGGACAUGAACAAGGCCACCGAAAUUUUACUACAACAUUCAGGGAAAUUUAAUUCAGACCAAAUCAUAAGAAUUAUUAAAACCCUUGUUCUAACCGAAAUGGAAAACGAAAAACAAACAUUUUUAGAACUCCUCAUCAAAGAACUACCAACUGAAUACGUAAUUGCCAAAGAAGUACCCUCUCCGAUUCGAAACAUUUGCACCGAGCUCAUACACAAUGGCCGAGUCGAUGAAGCCUAUUCGAUCAUCGAUGCUUUGCCAUGUCCAAAAUUCAACGAAAAUCAAGACAUCGACACAUAUGGAUAUGUUUUUCUCCAAGAUCUGUUUCGAGGCAAAGUCAAUCCUGAGAAGAUAAUCGAAGUUGCAAACAAACUCAUAACAAGCGGUAAGAACUCACGUGCUCUUCACAUUGCAUGCGAUAGUGCAAUGCACAGAAAUCCAGAUCUUGCAUAUCCAUAUUUAAAGGCAAUAUCCGAAAUGGAACCACUACGUCCGCAUUAUUUCUGGCCACUUUUGCUGCAUAAGUUCCAACGUAAUGGCGAGGCCGGCAUUUUCAGCGUCAUAAAAAAGAUGUCUGAGCUUAAAGUCGAUUGUGACUUUGAAACUCUGUCCUUCUAUGUGCUUCCUAAAUUGUCAGUUACUCUGGAAAAUGCUGAACAAUCCAUAAAAACUCUUGAGAGUUGUGGUUUAAAGACGUCGCAUUCUCUUACUCCUGUAAUAGCACAUUUGAUAGACCAGCAAAAGAUGGAAGAAAUCAUAAAGAUCGCUCAACUUUAUACAUCCAGGUUUGAAACCAAACACUUUGUCAAACCUCUGGCUCUCUUAGCAGUACGCGUUCGGGCAACUAAACGAUACGAGAAGUAUGCUAAUGCAAUCCACACACUGUCUUUAAAGUCCAGCGAUCCAAAAAUUGAUUUCGUUGGCCAAAUACUCUUAGAGAUAAUAGGCCAUAACAAAAUACGGAAUGACGUUGUUAUGCUGGAACGCAUUAUCAGCCCAUUGAGUAGAUUAGGCACGAAACUAUCGCCAGCAGCUGUGGAAGUCCUCAAUACUCAUCUGGUGAAGAUAAAAACCGACGAUACUGAUGUUCCCAAUAUUCGACACAUGCUGGCGACAAUGGUAGAUCGAAGGUUGAGCUUAAGGCUUUCUGAAAACACCAUGCCCAAUAUUGUCCAUCCUAGAGACAUGUCUUACGAAGAACUCGAGUGUCAUUUGGUGGAAUUAGAGUCGAAGGGUAUGAACACUCGAGGAGUGCUUCGACGACUCCUCCAGAUCUGCGUUAGAGAUAAUAAGCUCGAAAGAGCAUUAGAAAUCAAACAAAAAUGCGAUCUAGCAAGGGUCGAAUUGAGUCCGGGUAUGCUAGCGAGUAUUUUUGAUUUGUACAUAAAAGUGGGAGAUUAUUCAGCUGCCAAGUCAAGUCUUCAGAACUUACAGAAAAGAUUCCCUGGUUUUCUCUUGGACGAACAUAAGUUACUCGACUUUGCAGCUCUAACGAUAAAAAAUAAGGAAUUGGAAAAGGCUAAGCAAAUCCUCAGCAAUCGAGCGGCAACGAAUAAGGUGUUCGGCGGUGACUAUGUAAUAAAGAAUGUGUGGAAUCUAUUGAACAGUGUCGCACAGUUAGCUGCCCAACAGACGGACCUACCAAAGGAUACAAAUCUCACAAAAGAAAUGUUCUUCUUUGUUCGUAAGCUUGGAUUCUGCAAAGCACACAAUGCUGUACUCGGUCCAAUCGUUCGAGAGUAUAUCCUUCGGAAAGAUAUUCAGGGAGCUGUGCAAGAGUUCAAAACACUUGCAGAAACGUUCCGUCAUACUCCAUUGCAAUUUGAAUUAUCGAGCCUUUUAGUUCGCCUAAGCAACGAAGAAGACCCCGAAAAAUUCAAUAUAACUAAAGAACAAGCCAAAGAACUACUUCAGCAGCUAACAACGACAAUAUCGAGUAUACAUGGUCAGGUUAAUAUGAAUUCAUCACUUCUCUUAGCUGUCGCCGAAUCUGGUACGGAAAAUCAACUGCGAAAAUUACUGAUAAAUCCAGAAUUUAGACUUAACCAUGAGAUGUUGGCCCAAAACUGUGAACACCUCAAUAAGGAAGGCAGUAUACAUACACUAAUGAGAUUGGCCAAAGCAUGUAGAGGUCUUGGUCAUGUUAUUAAGGAACAUGAUGUUUAUAAUAUGCUACUUAUGAAGUUUGUUAAUGAUAAUAAUUGUGAAGCGUCUUUGGAGCUUUUCGAGAAACUCGAAGCAGAUGAUGAUUUUAAGAUUUCUCAAGAAUUUCUUAAGAAUUUAGUUAAUUUAUUGAAAGUAAACAAAGUAGAAAUACCAAGUAGUUUAGCUUUGAGAGCGCAACUUUUAUAAUUAGUUUAAAUAAAUGUUAAUGUAGAUU